AUGAGUAAAGAGAGUAUGAUUUCUGAAAAAAGAAUAACAAUCAAAAAUGCUCUUUUUGUUCUUUCUUGUGUGUUUGUUUCAGGAGACGCAGAAGUGAGAUGCAUCGAGAGUGAGCGAGAAGCUCUUCUUAGCUUCACGAAUGGCACCAUGGACCGGUUUGGUAUUAUCUCGUCGUGGCGGAGCAACGAAUGCUGUGAAUGGCUCGGUGUUGAGUGCAGCAACACCACUGGCCAUGUCAUCGCCCUCAAAAUUUUUGGUUUAAAUUUUGGAGGUAAGGUUGGCUCUUCGUUGCUUGAGUUGCAUCAUUUAAAUCAUCUUGAUCUCAGUGGGAAUGAUUUUGGAGGCACUCCAAUCCCGGAAUUCAUUGGUUCUAUGAAGCAAUUGCAACACUUGUUUCUUAGAGAUUCUAACUUUUCUGGGAGUAUUCCUGCUCAGUUAGGGAACCUCACCAACCUACGCUCACUCGAUCUCUCGUUUAACUCUUUGAGUUCCAUAUCCCCUUUUAUGCUUGGUUCUGUAUUUGAAUCACUUGAAAAGCUGGACUUGUCUGUUAACCAAAUCAAUGGUUCAAUGCCAGACCCGAGAGCAUUUCCUUCAUUGAUAGAACUAAAUCUUAUGGUUAAUAACUUUACAGGCACCAUUCCUAUGAGUAUUGGCCAACUCUCAAAUCUUCAACUUCUAUCUCUAUCUUAUAAUUAUUUGGAAGGUUUAGUUUCUGAGUCCCACUUCAUCAAGCUUGAUAAGUUACAAAGACUAUAUUUAUCCUUUAAUCCAUCCUUGCAUAUUGCUUCUGAUUGGAUUCCGCCUUUCCAGUUGAAUAUCUUAUCUUUAGUCGGGUGCAAUGUGGGCCCGUAUUUUCCAAAAUGGAUUCAAACUCAGAGGAAUUUGUCAUCCCUUGAUCUUAGUAGUGCCAAUAUAAGAGAUGAAGCCCCGAGGUGGUUGUGGAGUGUGUCUUCUUCAUUACGUGGCUUAUAUCUGUCCGACAAUCAAAUUAAUGGUACUAUUCCGAAUCUCUCAUCCACCUCCAUCCGGUAUACGCAUCUUAGUUACAAUCAAUUCUCGGGUCCUAUACCAUUAUUUCCCGCCACAACCUCCGAGUUUCUAUUAAGUGGAAAUAUGUUCUCCGGCUCAAUUUCAUCUAUUUGCAACACUGACCACCAUGAUCUCCUACAUCUUGACAUUUCAAAUAAUCAGUUGGCGGGAGAGGUUCCCGACUGCUGGGAGAAAUUGCCGAACUUGCACACCCUUAAUCUGGCUAACAACAGUCUUUCUGGUGAAAUCCCUCCCUCUUUCAGCAGUUUACAAAAAUUAAAUAGACUCCAAAUGCAUGGUAAUAAUUUAUAUGGUGAGUUGCCUUACAAUUUGUGUAACAGCCCGCCCUCCUAG